CCUUUUAUGCGCUCCCCGAACCAUCCCACAAUUUUUUGCUCGUCCAGGGUUUUAGCCACCGCCGCCGCCGCCCCAGCCCCCCGCAGAGAGAAGCGAGCGACAGCGAGGUCGACGCCAUGGUGCAGCGCCUGACGUACCGGAAGCGGCACAGCUACGCCACCAAGUCCAACCAGACCAGGGUCGUCAAAACCCCAGGAGGGAGGCUUGUGUACCAGUACACCAAGAAGAGGGCGAGCGGACCCAAAUGUCCGGUCACAGGCAAGAAGAUCCAGGGGAUACCUCAUCUAAGGCCUACUGAGUACAAAAGAUCCAGAUUAUCCAGGAACAGGAGAACAGUGAACCGUCCUUAUGGUGGUGUUCUAUCUGGUCAGGCUGUUAGGGAGAGGAUCAUCCGUGCUUUCCUUGUCGAAGAGCAAAAGAUUGUGAAGAAGGUUUUGAAGAUCCAGAAGACCAAGGAGAAGCAGCCAUCAAAGUGAAAUGGCCGAGGCUUUUUUUUGGAGGACAGAUGGUGAUGAGUGUUCAGUCAAGCCUGCGCCGUAUGCUAAGCCUGUGGUUACUGAAUUAAGCUAGAGAUUUCCGUCCAUUUUCUUGUUCCGAGGGUGGAUCUGGAUCUCAUUACCCGUAUGCUAUUACUUUGUGUUUGACGGUUUGACCUGAGUACUUGGUUAUAUUACAGUUUUGGAUACCCUUUGCAGUAUUGUUCGUGGAUUUCUACUGCAAGCUGCAGUAUUUUCUGGCAA